UGCAUUUUUAUUAUUUUUAAACUUGUCUAUUUUACUACAGUAAACUUGGAUUUACAUUUCAAAUAUAAACGUAUUUAGUCAACUAAACGAUCUAGUAUAUAUGAGUUGUGGUAAGCAAAUGAAAUGAGAUAUAUCUAUAGAAUUUCACCUGCCAUUUUUUUUUACUUGGCAGUUCAAAUUUGUUUUUGCCUGCCAUUUCUAAAAUCUGGCCUGCUUUUGGCCAUGGCAGCCCGCUAUUUCGAGCCCUGCUGAUUACACACUACUUAAAACACGAGCAGGAGUGGUUUAUCAGAUAUAAAUCUCGAUAUUAUUAAGGAACUCUUUGAAAGUAAAACUUUUUCCUAAUUUUUCCAGACGAAAGAUACUCGCUCGAUCGUCUCCGCCACGUCAACAGCCAGCACAAAUUUAUCAAGGUGCAUGGGCGCCGUGCUCGAGACAGGGCAGUAUUCUGACAUGACGUUUCUCGUACGCGAUGCUAGUAAACCUUUAUUGGCAGAAGAUUCAACCGCUGACCAAAAUGGAAGUAAUUGUUUGCGGGCUCAUCGUGUUGUCCUGGCCUCGAGAUGUGAUUGGUUCAGACGUGCUCUGACGAGUGGAAUGAAAGAGUCAAUUGAAAGGUUAGAUUAGACAUUCCAGUGCGUAUCAGCUGAACUCGGUGAAAUGAAUAUAACUGGAACGCUAUCUCUGGAAAUUUGAAGCCAAACUUCAAGGCCAGUCCCUGUCUUUUCACGCAUGCGAAGGGCACGGCAACAUGAAUAUAUUCUUGAAAACUGGCUUAAAAUUUACGAAAAAAAAGCUUUUUAACAGUGCUGAAAACUUCGUAUUAUUGCAUUUAUUUAGUAGACUUUACUUUUAGUUUUUUCUUAGUUUAGUAAAAGGUUUCCUCCUAUAGUAACACUGGAUCAAUAAGAGAGGAUCCUUACUGGACCUCUAGGGAGAACAGUUUAGAACUGAUAGAACUAUCCAGUAUAAAUAAAGUUAGUUUAGUUUAGGUUUCCUCCUGUAGUAACACUAGAUCAAUAAGAGAUGAUCUUUACUGGACCUCUAGGGAGAACAGUUUAGAACUGAUAGAACUAUCCAGUAUAAAUAAAGUUAGUUUAGUUUAGGUUUCCUCCUAUAGGAACACUGGAUCAAUAAGAGAUGAUCCUUACUGGACCUCUAGGAAGAACAGUUUAGAACUGAUAGAGCUAUCCAGUAUAAAUAAAGUUGGUUUAGUUUAGGUUUCCUCCUGUAGUAACACUGGAUCAAUAAGAGAGGAUCCUUACUGGACCUCUAGGGAGAACAGUUUAGAACUGAUAGAGGUAUCCGGUAUAAAUAAAGUUAUUUUAGUUUAGGUUUCCUCCUAUAGUAACAAUAUUAAUAAGAGAUUAUCCUUACUAGACCUCUGACAGACCAGGCGGCUCAUUUAUGCUCAAAUAUACAGAGCAUCAAACACAAGCUUCAGGUUUUCUCAUAUUUUGUUGUAUUUUAGAACAAUCCAUGUGUACGACACCGACAAAGAAUCGUUCCAAGAGUUUCUUAAAUUUAUUUACACUGGUCAUUUGGAGACCGAGUCAAAAUCGUUGGAGAAUCUUGUCGAGUUGAUGGCACUCAGUGACCAAUACGAGGUAAUAUUUCAGAUGAUGCUACUGGGAGAUUCUCUACACUGAGCAGGGUGAAAAAUUUCUUGACCGCGGUACGAAACGAACCCGAGACCCCUUCACUAUAAAGGGACUCUUUGUUGGAGCACUCUGGUAAAAACGCCAAAGUUGUGACAAACCUGCAGCAGACUUGUAGUAAUGCUGUUCCAACAACUUGCUUGUCCCAACUUGCAUGUUGACAAUAGCUUGUUGACAACUUGCUACAGGGUUAAUUGUUGAGCUCAAAAGACUUGAUACAACUUGUUAUAUCGUCCUGCAAUUCAACAAUUUGUCAACAAGUUGUGAGCGACAACCUUGUAGCAACUUGAUAAAAUAACAGCAUUGUUACAACUUGUUGACAAGCUUACUAAAAGCCUGUUGCGAACACAUCUUGUUGACAAGUUGUGAUCUCACAACGUGUGUACCCGAGCUGCCCGGGUUUAGCGAGAUUAGCCUCGUUUAUUAUUCCUCUUAAAUUUUAUCUUGCGUUUAUAUGGGAACCGAGCUGGCCCAGUCUAAGCGAGCCCCAAUCUUCACAAAGUAAAUAAUUUUGUUAACAAAAGCAUAUGUUCUUUCUAUCCAGGUCGACAACUUGAAAGCCAUUUGUGAACAAACAUUGGUGAAGCAUUUUAGGAAGGACAAUAUUUUCGAAAUUUUAAUCUUGGCUGAUCGCUUCAAUGCAAAAAAAUUGAAGGUAGAAAACCCCACCUCUACACAAAUG